AUGCCUCUACUCAGCCUGAUGCCUCUACUCAGCCUGAUGCCGGUACGCAGCCUGAUGCCUCUCUUCAGCCUAAUGCCUGCCAGUUGACUCGAUGCCCGCUGUUGAUCCAGAUGAUCCGGUACCUGAUCCGGUGCCCGCUGUCGAGCCAAAUGACCUGAUGCCUGGUGACCCAGUGCCCGCUGUCAUACCUGGUGACCCGAUGCCCGCUGUCGAGCCAGACAAUCCGGUACCUGAUGACCCGCCCACUGCCUUGCCAGAUGACGCGGUGCCCGCUGUCGAGCCAAAUGACCUGAUGCCUGGUGACCCAGUGCCCGCUAUCCAGCCAGACGAUCCAAUGUCUGACCCAGUGCCCGCGGUCAUACCAGUUGACUCGGAGCCCACUGCCUUGCCAGAUGACGCGGUGCCCGCUGUCGAGCCAAAUGACCUGAUGCCUGGUGACCCGAUGCCCGCUGUCCAGCCAGACGAUCCAAUGUCU